AUGAAGAAAAUAAAGACAGACCUAUCUGGCGAGAGCCCUAUAAAAUCACCACUCCAUCUGACAGGAGAGAUAAAAGCAGGUACUGCCUCUUCCACAAAGAUCACGGUUGAUCAUUGCCAGCUGGGCAGAGUUCUAAUCGACGGGGACAGUGGGGUCGACAUCCUCUUCUGGGAAGCCUUCCAGAAGAUGGAGGUAGAGGAGAAUCAGAUCCGGCCCUCCACCACGCCCAUUUUGGGAUUCAACAACCAAAGAGUAUAUCCAAAAGGCGUCGUUCGAUUAACUAUGGUGGCCGCAGAACGCACCCUACCAGUAGAUUUUCUCAUUAUAGACUCCACCACAAGCUAUAACGCCAUCAUGGGGAGAAAUUGGAUCCACCGGAUGCAGGGGGUAGUCUCAACCCUACAUCAAGUGAUGCGGUGUCAAUCACUCAACGGGCGCUACACCAUCGACAUCAAGGGCUACCAGAAGCAAGCCAAAAAGUGCUUCCUCACCUUGAAAGAAAUAAAUAGUUCUGGCGUUGCCUCCCAUAACAACUCCCCUGACAAAUAG